AUGGAUCAUCUCAAGGUGACUUUAUUGUCUUCUCCUGCAUCUGAUGGAUCCUCUCUUCCCUCCUCUUCAUCUCCUAUUACUCUACAUAAUCGUCCGUCUUUUCCUACUUGGCUUUAUCCUCCCAAAGGUGAAACUCGUCGUCUUCAAGUACCUCUUUACGCUCUGGAAGCCUCUCGAAACGUUCUAAAUGGUCACAAACAUCUUUUAAGCCAAUGGCCAUCCACUGCCAUCUGUGGUAACGAUAUUUUAGCCAGUGUGUUGUAUUCCUCUGGUAUCGUGGCUGCAAAAGCUGGUAAAUUGACGCCAUUGGCUCAAAUUCUCGUGGCAUUUGUCCUUUUUCUCUUUCGGUCCAUAUAUGAAGAAGCAGUCACUGCUAUUCCCUUAAAUGGAGGUUCCUAUAAUGUGCUUCUCAAUACAACGUCCAAGAAAACAGCUGCUAUUGCCGCAUCGCUUGGCAUUAUUUCGUACUUAGCAACGGGUGUUGUUUCGGGUACUAGUGCUUUGAGAUAUCUCAAUACCCAAUUGGAUGUGGACAUAGUGUCCGGGACAAUUCUAUUGCUCUUUGGAUUUGCUAUAUUGUCCAUUAUUGGCAUGGCAGAGAGUGCAAAUGUUGCAUUAAUCAUUUUCAUUGCUCAUGUGACGACAUUGACGCUCCUAAGUGGGUUUUCACUUUGCUAUGCAGUGCAACAUCCAGAUACUUUCUGGAACAAUAUGCACACGGAUUUUCCAGAUGUCAAUGUGGCUGGAAAUGUGGUGACGGGCAAUUUACUUACAGCAACUUUUUACGGCUAUUCAUCAGCCAUGUUGGGGAUCACGGGUUUCGAAACAUCGGCACAAUUUGUCGAAGAACAAGCACCCGGAGUUUUCCGGAAAACUUUGAGAAAUAUGUGGGUUUUUGCCACUUCUUAUAAUUUGUUGCUGUCAUUCUUAUCAUUGGCAGUGCUGCCAUUGGAAGGACGUGGAGGAAUUUAUGACGACAAGGAUGUCGUGCUGGCGUCUAUGGGUAGAGUCGUGGCUGGUAAAUGGCUUGAAAGUUGGGUGUCCAUUGACGCCUUUGUCGUUCUCGCAGGAGGUGUAUUGACGUCCUACGUGGGAAUUACAGGUCUUGUACGACGUCUGGCGUUUGAUCGUGUACUCCCGGCGUUUCUCACUUACACUAACAAGUGGCGUGGUACGAACCAUUACAUCAUUUUGUUGUUCUUCGUGCUGCAGGCUAGCCUUGUAAUUGUGCUGCAUGCGGACGCAACAGUUCUUGCUGGAGUUUUCACGUUUGCAUUUUUGGGCGUUAUGGCUCUUUUCGCCUUUGGUUGCAUACUACUCAAGCUAAAACGUGAAGACAUUCCACGCGACGUGCAUGCUCCGUGGUGGAGUUGUAUUUUCGGAUUGGUGAUGGUACUGCUUGGAUUGCUGGGCAAUCUGCUGGGAGACCCGACCAUCUUUACCUAUUUUGCUCUGUACUUCGUAGUCUUUACUUCAACGAUGUUUAUUAUGCUAGAGCGCGUCUUCAUCCUGCGCAUUGUUCUUUAUAUUCUGCAACAAAUUUUUCCAUCUCGUGACGCUGAAGAUGGUAUUGCCAAAGAUAAUAAAGCUGCCAAGUCUCAAGGAAAAGUGAAAGAGGGAUGUCGAACUGGAGCCAGGGGUGGCCGCACUAUUACAGCGGUGCUUGAAGAAAUUCACCUUCCGCCGAUUGUAUUCUUUUUCAAGACGCCCACUCUAUACGUGCUCAAUAAAGCAAUUCUCUACGUACGCAAGAACGAACAUACACACAAUUUGCUCGUGGUACACGUUAGCGAAGAUGCAAACUUAGCUGAAGAUAAAAGUGCAGAAGUAACGGAAGCCGAUACUCAGCGUGUGCAGUAUGAGCGAGAAAAAAUAGAGGACAUGCGUAAGAUGGCUCGUAUGUUUGACCAGACGUACCCGAAACUCAAGAUCGACUUCGUGCAUGUUUGUGGCUCGAGCUUUGACAUUGCUCUCGUCCAUUGGUUAUCCGAAGAGUUGGGUGUGCCGCCUAACAUGAUGUUCAUCCGGCAGCCUAGUACCCAGCACAUUCACCAAGUAGCAACGCUGGGUGUACGGGUCAUCACUGGCUAA